AGCGGCUAGGAAUAAUUCUGUGCAGUGACGCGAUGCGACCGCCGUCCAUCUGCCGCGUGGGGCCACAGCUCUGCCUGGUCCUGGCGCUGGCCGCCGCCGCCGCCUCAGCGGCCCACGCCCCCACGAGCUUGUGGCACGGACAGGAACAAAUCGAUGCGACCCAAAAGCUCUCCAACCACGAAGAGCUGCCAUUAAUUCGAGAGCAGCGCAAAUUAGCUCCACAGUUCCUUUCGCUACGAGACGAUGCUGGUCUUGCUAUUGCCGAGCGAUUUAUCCCCAUAGGAAAUUUCGCUGGAAAGGCACUAGCUGCUCUGCCGCUGAGGCUUGCAUUUAAUGAUGAACUUCUCGUCGCCAUGGAAAUAAAUGCAGAGAUAGUCGUUAAUGUUCUGCAAAUGCCAAGCCUUAAGACCUUCGAAGCUGCCAGAUUUCCAGGAUCAGGAAAUUGUUUCCUUGGUGCACAUCCUUACAACACUCAAGCCGUGACCAUCGCGUGUGCCCCGCCAGCGUCCACGUCUGGUCACCCAGCGCUGCACCAGGUCUCCGUGAGGCAUCUCAUCCGUGGGCCUCUGCAUGACAAGUUCAAAGUCUCCUCGCCGGAACCGGUCUUCCGGACCGACUUUUCCUCGGCUAUUGCGUGGGAACACGAUGGGAAGCAUUUUCUAUUGCUUGCCGGCGAAAAUGUCACCAACCUGACGGAAGGAGAGUUCAGGAGCUCCAAGCAGUUCAGGGCGAUCAAAAACACGAAUGUGGCAAAUUUUGAAGACAGUAUCCAGAUCUACGAGAGGAGUGAUCAGCAUAUUGACUUGGUUGAAACGUUGCCCGCUCAUUCACCCAAAGAAGUUGCUCAUUUUAUCAUCAACAACUUUCAUUUCUUAGCGGUUGCUGAAGGAAAACCUGGUUUUCCUAGCCUGGUGUACCGCUAUUCGCUGGACUUGGCGCGCUAUGUUCUUCUCCAGCGCCUCCCUACUCCCGGAGCAGCCGUGGCGCUUAAAGUCUUCACGCUUGGAGAGGCGGUAGCAAAAGAUACGUUCUUAGCUGUUGCAUUCGAUUGUCUAGUUGCAUGCCAGAACAACCACACGGUGAUCAUCUUCAAGUACAACAACGCGAAGUUCCUCCCAUUCCAAGCCCUCAGUGUGCCCUCGCCCACCGGUAUCCACGUUGUGGAGGCAUCGGGCGGAGUUCUCCUAGCGCUGACAAGCAGGGACGCGGCGCUGAGGUUUUACCAGCAAGACGGCUGGAGGUUCGUGCCCGCAUCUCCCGGUGGUCUGCGCCAAGGACUCAGCGCCAUCAGCGUCCAAGCCGCCAGCAGUCCUUCCUUUUCUGCUAUAAAACAUCAGCCUUCGCCGUGCUUUGUAGUUGCCCAUACAGCCGCGAAUGACACUUCAAGGAUUGAGACAACCAUUUAUCGACCGGAGUUUGUACACAGAUCUCCAUUCAAGGACCUCUACUUCGCGUUAUCGGCUUCAGCUAAUCAGUUCAUGCAGACCGCUGACAUCGCUGCUUCUGUGAAAGCCUUGGUUGACAAGGCGCCAAAAACUGACCAGCCCGCUACCUUCUCAUCGCAUAUUAAAUUCAAGAAUAGUCUUGUGAUCCACAACAUGAGUGCCGUGAAGGUUUCUUCUCCACCUCGAGAGCUUCCGACGACCGCGGAAGAUUUUCUUGAGAAAGCGGAUUCUUUGCUCGCAAAACUUGCGGGACUGAGUCUUGCGGCCAGACGUGUGGUCAGCGUCGACACUCCCGACGAUUGGCCCAGAAACCUUCGUGUGAAGUCAGUUUCUGUCGUUGGCCGAGGAUCCGUCUCAAAGCUACGUGUUAACGGUACAGUCAACGGCUUUCCGGUUCCUGAUGAGACAUCGUUGAUUCCGAUCAAGGCAACGCAACCAAUCCGAAUUCUUUCAAUGCGCUUUGAUAAAAUUGCUUUCCAGAAUGAAGUUCGAUUGAAAAGCAUGAAUGGCGUUCCUUUUGAAAAUUACAUCACAUUGCGCGGCAAUCACGACAUCGCAGCCCGUGUAACUUUCCUGGAUACGUUGAAAGUUGACCACAUCACACUUGCAGGAACUUUGAAUGGACACGAUUUUUCCGAGUAUUUGACGAAGAAUUCUGAUCAGAACAUCACUGGAAAUUUCCACUGUAAAGUCGGAUACAUCAACAACCUCAACGCUGGAAACAUCAACGGUGUUGACAUGAGACGCUUACUUGAGACCUCCGUGUCGAGGCAUAACGACUUCAAUAUUAAUGGCUCGGUUUUUGUUGCGAAGAGCGUCUACAGCAACAAGAACUUGAAGACCAAAACUUUAACCGGUGUCGACUUGGCGGAGUUCAGCAAUGAUGUUCUCUUGAAACGGUCGCAAAAACCUCAAAUUAUUUCCGGUCGGUUUAUUUUAGAUGGAAUGAAAGCCCAUACGGUAAAUAUUAGUCGUUUACUCAACAACGUCUCGACUGAAGAUCUUUUUAUAAACCGUAACGGGUUAGUGCAUCAUCUAGAAGCGGCACAUUUCAGCGAACUGCGUGCAAAAAAAUUGCAGGUUACUGGACAGCUAAACGAUUUAAAGGUCACCAACGAUGGUUCAUUAGACGUCAUGUUGCUGAAUAAAAAUCAAACGGUAACAGGGGCUAAAAUUUUCCACCGACUUCACUUGAGUGACGUUUUCGAAGAAGAAAUCCGCCCGGUCACUGCCUCAACUGUCGCACCAGUGACUACAACGACGCUAGAUCCUGACGAUGUACGGGCGACUGCUCUGCAGCUUAGAGCCAAACUCGCCAACAAGCAGGCAGCGGUAGACGAGGUCAGGGAGGAAAUAGCCAAGUUUAGAGCCCAAGUCAUACCUCACGGAUACCCUAUCGUCUACUCGAAUUCAUCAACUCGUACCUAUGAUGAUGAUCUAUUAACAAAAUUAAAUGAAGUAAAUCAUGGAAUUGAUGCAAAUGGCUGGAAAAAUGAAGUUACACGUUUGAUAGAAAGAUUAAAGCUUACCGUCACUUUUUUCAAACUGCAUUCGAACGUUCACCCUUCUUUGCACAAUCUGCUACACGGUCUCGCGUUCAAUUUGAUGGCACAAGAAGAAAAGUUGUACAAGAUAUCGCAAGAUUUAGCUCGUGAGCAAGCAAUUCUUUCUCAUCGCCUUUCGACAACGACUGCACCGCCAUUGUCAUCCGAAGACAAGCGAUCUCGAGAACUCGAAUUGCUCAGAAAUAGAGCGCGCGAACUUGAAACAGAACUUGCGUCACUAAAAGCGUCGGAAACAAGAAGUCUAAAUCGUGAAAACGGCAUUGAUAUAAAUAUUAGAAUCCAUUCAUCAGCAAAUUUACUCGUCAAUGGGACAGACUCACAAGAAAGAAUAAAGAAAUUGGAAGCCGAGAUCGCUAAUGUAUCCGAGUCCAUACGGAGACUAGAACGUUCUUUGACUACCCGCCUGACUGGCAGUGUAGGCGGCGGCUCCAUCGUGCACGGGAAAGUGGCAGGGCAGGACCUCGGCGAACUGAACAGACUUCUGGAAUCCAUGACGCCUUCAGACGUCGAGCAAAAGGACUUCUUUGGAAAGCACUCGUCUAGAAUUAGCAGAGUUGAAUUCCAGUCUGCUCUGUUUGUUAGCAACUUCAACGGCGUGGAUUUGAGAGAUCUCUCCAGGAAAAUAAUCCCGCUCAAUUCAUCAACUCUUCCGUUCAACUUGUUGUUAGCCGGUGACUCGGAGGUUCUAGGGGAUUUGCGGGCGGGAUUUAUCAACGGUGUUCCUACGCGGGACUUGCUCACACUUACGCGUGACCACACACUCGUUGACGCCGUGGUGUUGUCGGGCGGAAUAAACAGUGGAUCAAGUAUAACGACAACUUUAUUGAACGGUAUCGAUUUUAGCAAAGAGCAACAACGUUUGGCGAAGGUGAAUGAAGACCAAACUUUCGAGCUCAGAGUCUCCUUCUCUCGCAUAGAGGCACCAAUGGUGGCGGCCAGCUCUGUAGUCGUGGCUGGAGUAAACUUAGCUGACGCUUUGCUGAGGACUGAAAAUGCAACACUAACUGGUCGAAACACAUUCGCUGCCGGCCUGGUCCUUCCCAACCGCACUGUAAUUGCUAGUCUGAAGUCACCUACCGUGAAUUCAAUUGACCUCGACUACCUCAUUCGCAACUCCGUGAGGAAAAGCGGAAAUUCAGGAGUACAAAGGAUAACGGGCUCAAAGUUUUUCCACUCACUGGAGUCACGGGCCAAUGUUGGCACCCGCGGCUUCGCCAGCCUACCUGAGACACGAGGCUCUUCCCUCGCUUACAACCUGACCUGGCUAGCAGAAAAUUCCCUGAAACUUGCCGGUGGUGGCACCGUAAUUGGAAAUCUACGCAUAAACGGCGACGUAACAGCGAAAAAAUUGUCCGUGAAAGGCUUGAUCGAUGGCGUUAGAGUGCCCGGCUAUUGGCUACGAGCGAACGCCGACCAGAAUUUCACGGCCGCGGCGCUCUACGUAAACAAGCUGAAUGCCAAUCAAGUUCGUUCGUCGGUUGAAGGCUUGCUUCAUGAACUCUUGGACCGUACGGUUAAAAUCAACGCACCCUUCGUGUUCAACGAUCGGGUGGAGUUCGAUGAAAUCAUUACUCGCAAUAACCUGCGCGUGAAAGGCUCUGUUCAGGGUCUGUCCAUUCCGGAGGAUUUAGUUUCCACUUUUGAGCCGAAUAUCGUCGUGACCGGCCAUAAAUUUUUCUUCAGUCCCGUCAAGUCUUUACUUGACGUCACAGACUCCGUCAAUUCAGUUAAAGUUAAUAAACUUUGCGACGCAAAUAACAUCAAUAAUGUUACUGUUCUUGGUGACGUCAUCUUCCAUGAACUCGUUACUGCGCAAAAAAUAUCAACCGGGAAACACGAUAUAUCAGGAGAUAUUAUGGCAGAUUUUUGGAGGGUUGAUGACAACGUAACCAUCACGGGAGACUUCACAUUCAACAGCCUGACCAGCCCACUUGGCACGUUUACCGAGCAGAUCAACAGUCGGCCUCUCGAAGGCCUCUUCGAACCUCGGCUCAGCAAACGAUGCUCCGAGUUGGAUAUUUCUUCAAACUGGAGUUUCGAAGAAUUGACUACCGACGAUGCCAUCAUCAAAAAUAUUCGAACCGAAAUUUUCCAAGGAGUCCCUAGCUUGGAGCUGGGAGCCGUGCUGCUGAAAUCAGCAGACCAGGUCAUCUAUGAGGAACACACACUCGAGUCGGCAAACGUUACAUUUAUGUCUCUGCAUGGACGCGUCAACGGAGUGGAAACCAAGACAUUCUGCGCGGUCAAAACCCAGUGCCAGGUUGUCAGCCCGAAAACAUUCGAUGGCAGCGUCGUGGCAUCGCACCAAAUACAAAUGCCUUUGCUCGAUGGCGUCGUCAAUGGAAUUUCGAUCCGAAAUGAAUCGAUGAACUUGGUCCGGAGAUCGUCAGGCGGGCACAUACAGGGCGUUACGACUGUUAUUGGCAACGUGACAGCGCGCAGCAUCAGCGCCGGGUCUGUGAACGGAUAUGCCAUCAAACGUAAAAAUCUUUUUACUAAAUCGGAUCGCCAGAGCAUCGCUUCAGAUUUCUUCGUCCAAUCUUUCACAAGUCCCGCAAUUUACGCUCCAGUUAUCAACACUGAAGAUGGCUUGUUUUCAAACUACAGCCUUGAAGACAUUGCCAAGAACGCGCUACGGCAAGGCCUCCACUCCCCGUUGACUGUGAACGGCCAAGCGGCGUUCACAGGGAGGGUCAGAUUCCAGCGCGCAGACUCGGCCUUCACUGCGCCGAACAUUUCGACUCCAGCGGACCUCGUUGUCUUAAAGAAAGAUUUCUCAGAUCUCCAAGAGGCCUUGGAGAACAGGAAGGAGGAUCAGAUCGGAAAACGCUUCUUGAGAUGGCGUGAGGUGAAGCGACUCGAUGGUGGCUGGCACAAAGUAGCACAUCUACGCGGGCUGGGAGACGGCGUCGAAUAUCUCGCGCUGUUGCCCUGGCGCGGCGACGCUCAUGUGCUGCGUGAUGCUGGAGGAGAACUCAUCGACGACGGAAUUCGCCUCAAAGGCUCGUGCAUAGCUGACUUGCAAACGAUGGUCGACGACUCGAAAGUUCAUUUCGUGAUGAGCGACGCAUGCGUCCGGGAGGACAGCGCCGCUGCAGACAAAGGCGACAGUUCUGCAGGAUGGCGGAUUGACAUUCUAGUUUACGAGAACAUCACGCUGCCUGUACUGCAGAUUGAGGGAGGCAUCCCUCGAGCUGCCUUGACAUGGGAGCACGAAAACAACCCCUGCAUUGGCCUCCUCAGCACAUCCUCUCCCGUGCUACCGAUCGUCUGCAAGCGAGGAGAGGAUUAUUCCCGACUCCAGAACUUGCCGAUACAGCGACCUAUUCAGGCGCUGGCUGUAGCCCGGAAUGGCUCGACAAGGCUGAUCACGGCGAGCUUAGGCAUGGAUCCGUACUCGGGCUCUCUGGACGUGUGGGCUUUGAAUGACUCGACUGGAAAAUACGCCCGGCAAUUUAGUUUGUCUGAGGCCGGGGUGAUCUCUGUGAGCGCUGCCACUCAUGCUUCUGGAGUGCUGGUAGCCACGGUCAGCCGGAACUUCAGGGGGCACUGCAAGGCCGUGUCUGUCUACAGGUUGGAGGAUGACGCACUAAAGCUGCACCAGCGCUUCCCCCUCAAGUCUGCCCGCGAAGCACUGCUUCUCGACGACCCUGAGCUGCACCAAGUGCUGCUGUUCGUGCACACUACUGACGGAGACCUCUUCAGAUAUGCUGCCAAACAUAACGCUAAGUUCAUAAGAGAAGGACAGCUGCAAGCUGGCCACAUAGUCAGCUUCUCGGCGUGGCGUCCCGCCCCCGUGGGCCCGCAGGCCCCAGCCGUCCACUUGGCUGUCGUCGAGAAGACUAGCAUGAGCGACCGUCUCAGUGGCAGCCUCGUCAUUUACAAAAGCCUUCUCAGUGAUAAUAAUUGAAACCACUUUGCUAUGAUUAAUAGUUGUUUUUCGUGAUGAAGUACUGUUGUGAUUUGAGAAAACGGGGUUUCAGUUUAAUUUUGGAGACGAAUUUUCGUUUUUGGACGACGUCUGAGUAUUUUGACAACUACGUUUUGCAAUAGAACGAAAAGCUUUCUCAUGACUCCACAAAGAGGGAGUUCAUAUUCAUCAUGCAAAUAUGAAAUAUUGUGUGAUUUCUGUUCUAUAAUUGUAAGAAACCCAGAAAAAAACUUGCAGGCAUA